ACGGCGUCUGAAUCCGUGGGAACUACAUUACCCUGUAUGCUCCGCGCCUAACGGCCGCCUCGCUGAACCAAUGAAGGUUCACAACAGGCGUCUUCCGUGUGUGACACCGAACGCGGGGCGGGACUUCCGGCGUCCUCCUCCGGGCGGUCAUUUUGGCUUCUUCCCGGUGUUCAUGCGGGCAGAAGUUCCGGAGCGCUGGGUGUGUGCGAGGUGACUUGCAAGAGAAGGAGUCAGAGGAGUCUUUGACCCCGCCAUACAGAGGCGGGUCUGAGGCGAGGCGACGCUGCCCGGGGUGCCCCGCACCAGGGCCGGUAUAAGAACCGCCUGCCCGCUCCGGGCCCCGCUCCGCCCACAGGCCCGGAUGGCGGCAGCCACGCUGAGGGACCCGGCUCAGAUACACGCAGAGGGGUCAGUACCUUCUCAGCAGUGACUCUGUUCCUGUGAAGCCAGAGCCAUAGGCACCAUCCUGAUCCUGGGGAUCGUCCCGACUCCCCAGGAAUCCGGGCACAGCGCCCCUUGCAGAGCAGCUACGGCUGUGUUCCAGGAGGUUCUGACGCGUGGCGCCCCUCGCAGAGGCCUGUGGAGCGCUGAGAACUGCAUUUCCCAGAGGACCCUGCGCCCAGCGACGCCAGCGUGGAGCCAAUGAAGGUCCAGGAGACGGGCUGUUCGCUGUUCGGCAGGUCCAGAGCGCAGGGUCAGGCUGAGGUGAUUGGGGAAGCACUAGAGGAGGCGUCCCCGUGGCCCUGGGCCGCCCCCAGUCCUGCUCUUCCCACGGAGUCCCAUGGCGGCAGCUGCGCCCGCGGACCCGGCUCAGGGUAGUGUGACCUUUGAAGACGUGGUUGUGUACUUCUCCUGGGAAGAGUGGGGGCUCCUUGACGAGACACAGAGAUGCCUGUACCAUGACGUGAUGCUGGAGAACUUCGCACUUGUGAUCUCACUAGGUUGUUGGUACGGAAUGGAGGAGGAGGAGGCCCUUUCGGUGCAGCAGGUGUCCAUGGGCAGGACUUCAAGUCCAGCUCCAUCCGUGUGGAGAGCUCAGCCCUGUGACAAGUGUGUCUUGCUUGGGAGGGACAUUUUGUACCUGGGUGAGGACCAAGGAGCACAUCGUGGGCAGAACUACAUCUGCGAGGCAUGUGGGAAACUGUGGUUGGACGCAAAUCUUCAGCCCCAGAAGCACAAUGAGGAGAAGCCAUUCAGAUGGGACAUGGAGCUUGUGACAAGGUACAAACUGCACGUGUCAGGGAAGCCUUUCCCCUGUGGGGGAGUUGGGAAGGACUUCCUGGCCAUCGUGAGCCUUCUCCGGCACCAGGCCACUCUCAAAGGAGCCGAGCCUCACAGCAGCUUUGAACAUGGGGACUCCUUUCAGGGUAGAAAAAGUCCACCCGAGUACAGCGACCACGGGAAGUCCUUUAGCUAUGACUGUAAACUUUUCCAGCAUCAGCAACUGCACCCCAGAGAAGGUUACCACGACUGGGAUAACUGUGAGAAGCCUUUUAACCAAAGCUCCAUCCUUAGUCACUGCCCGAGAGCUUACCCAGAAACGAGGUCUUACGAGUGUAACGAAUGUGGGAAAUCCUUCAGCCAAAGCUACAACCUCAUUCAGCAUCACAGGAUUCACACUGGCGCCAGGCCUUACAAAUGCAGCGAAUGCGGAAAAGCCUUCAGCUUCAAGUUCAGACUCGUCCAGCACCUGCAGAUUCACACUCGCGUGAGGCCUUACGCCUGUGGCGAAUGCGGGAAAGCCUUCAGCUACAGCUCGACCCUCAUCAAACACCAGAGAGUACACACGCGAGAAAAGCCUUACAAGUGUGGGGAGUGUGGGAAUUCCUUCAGCCAGAGCUCCAACCUCAUCCAGCACCAGAAGAUCCACAGCGGAGCAAGGCCCUACAAGUGCAACGAAUGUGCCAAGUCCUUCAGCUACAAGUGCAAGCUCGUCCAGCACCUGCGCAUCCACACCGGGGAGCGGCCUUACGAGUGCGGAGAGUGCGGCAAGUCCUUCAGCCACAGGUCCACGCUCAACCAGCACCAGAGAAUUCACACGGGAGCCAGACCUUAUAAGUGCGGGGAGUGUGAGAAAUCCUUCAGCCAAAAGUCCAACCUCAUCCAGCACCGGAGAGUCCACACGGGCGAGAAGCCUUACGAGUGUGGAGAAUGUGGGAAGUCCUUCAGCCAGAGCUCCCACAUCAUUCAACACCGAAAACUUCACACCAGAUAACCUCCUGCCUGCAGCUGCGGGGGACAG